ACUGGAUUGUUUACAAAACAAACAUGGAAGACGGAGAACCCAAAACAGACAAGAAAAAUUGCACGUUUUUAUUCAAAAGAAGAAAAAUUCGAAGUAGCGCAGCCAGGAAACGUAAAGCGACGAACGAGGAAGAUGAAAGCAGCGAAGAUGAAACUACAGUAGUUAAAAAGGAAAAGAAACAGGAUGAUCAUAAUCCUAUGAAACAAAGUACUAAUACAAGAAGAUUGAAAGGUCAACAAAAAGCCAGUGACAAUGAUAACAGCGAAGAGGAAAGUAUCACUGUCUCUUACAAAAGUAGUAGAACUCCAAUGCCAGCUGGGCCAAGCGAUCAAAGGGCAACUGCAAUUUUGGAAACAGAGACAGAGAAGGACAAAGAUGCUCAGGCUUUAUUUGAAAAGGCUCAAAAGAUAAAUGAAGAACUAGAAGGGAAGGAAGAUGAUAAAAUCUAUAGAGGUUUGAAUAAUUAUGCUCAGUACUAUAAGAAAAAAGAUACUGCAGCUGGAAAUGCUUCCAGUGGUAUGGUACGCAAGGGACCAAUUCGUGCACCAUCUAAUUUAAGAGCAACUGUUAGAUGGGAUUAUCAGCCAGAUAUAUGUAAAGAUUACAAGGAAACUGGAUUUUGUGGUUUUGGAGAUAGCUGUAAAUUUCUUCACGAUCGGUCGGACUAUAAGUUAGGGUGGCAAUUGGAAAGAGAAGCUGCCACAGGAGAAUAUAACAACAGUGGAGACGAAGAUGAUAAAAAAUAUGAAAUCGAUAGCGACGAAGAAACAUUGCCAUUCAAAUGUUUCAUUUGUCGAAAUAGUUUUACAGAUCCCAUUAUUACAAAGUGUAAACAUUAUUUUUGUGAAAAAUGUGCUCUGGAUCACUAUAAGAAAAGCACAAGAUGUUAUAUAUGCAAUGUACAAACAAACGGUGUAUUUAAUCCAGCUAAAGAGCUGAUUGCAAGGACAAAGAUGGAAGAGAAGGAAAGAGCUAUGGAAGAAGACGAAUGUUCUGAUGAAUAAUAAAGCAUAUUUUCUCCAAGAAAUAGUUAUUUCUUAUUGAACAGUUAUAAUUUUAAAAAUCAUGUAAAACUAAAAUCCUAUAUACAUAGUCUUUUUGAAUUUUAAUCAAACAAUUGUUCAUCAA